AAACAUUGCAUUUCUGAAGUACAAUUCACAAUUUCUAAUAUCAAUUUUUCAUAACAUAAAAAUUGUUUGUCCUGCCGUUUAGAAACUUAUACUGCAAAGUAACAUAAAAAUGGAAAUUUUUAAUAAUAAUUUGUGUAGAUCAUGUAAUAUAGAAAAACAAAAAUUAUUGAACAUACACAGCAACAGUCAAGCGUCACUAAAAUUGAUGUUAGAAUACUGUUUUCAAACAACUAUUACAGAUGAAUCUAAAUAUCCCAAAUUUAUCUGCUACGACUGUGUAAAACAAUUAGAAAUUUCAUAUCGAUUUAUGAAAAGAUUUCAUUUAGCACAAACUGAAUUUGAAGAAACCUAUAGCCAUUUACAAAGAAUCUGUGUAGACGUAAACGAUGAUUGUGUUACGGAACAUCCUAUUGACGAUACAAUUAACGAGGAGUUGGAAGGACACACAAUGAUGGCAUGUGAUGAUUUAGUUAAACAUUCAAUAAGUGCAGAUAAAAUUAUACAAAAAUCUCCUGAUAUCUAUUUGCCACUGAAUGAUACGAAACAUAUUAAACUGAUACACAAUUCUAAAGCUUCAACAAGUUCAUCGAUUAUAGAUUCUCCUUCAACGAACGAUAAUUUGCCGGCCAUAACAUGUUCGCUUUGUAAUAAAACAUUCUUUACCACAAAGGCAUUGAAUUUACAUUUAAAACUUAGUCACAAACAAAAAAUAUCUAAUUCUUAAAAAUAUACAUCUAUAUAUUCGACUUGUAUUUUUUAGCUUGCAAUAAAAAUCACUAUAUUUUUUUUUAA